AUGGCGUAUGAAUCUACGAUGCAAGACGAGGACCGAGCAUUCAUCGUGGGUCUGAGCGAGUCGGAGAAGCAGGAACUGCAGCAGAUGAAGGAGUUCGAGCUUCACCAGGCGCACACCAAGGACAUCGAGGGCGACGUCAUCCAGGGAGUGGCGAAACACACCUGCAUUCUGCCGCUCAACGGAUCGUAUGUCGGCGUCAACGGAAUACUAGUCUGGUCACCGAAGGUCACGCUCCUCUUCUCGGCCUCGCCGCUUGCGACAAGCUGCGCGGACAUGCCCGUCCUCCUGCUGGUCCUCGUCCUCGUGAGCAUCCUCGUCGCCAUCAGCUCAAAAGGGGGCUCGGCAACAGCCAGGGACGUCGCGCUCGAGCAGUUCGCGAAGAAGAAGUACCCGAGGCGUUCAUUGGGGGACCGCAUGGGAAAGGGGGGAGGGGGGGGGGGGGGGCACAUCAUCUCCCUGAUUGAUGGGCGAGGCUGCUCGAUGGGCGAGGCGCGAGCGCAGUUGGGCUGGACCUCCCCGCAGGCACCCCUGCGCCCUGGCAUCAUCAUCAGCAGCCAGCACAGCACCGUGCCUGGGAUGGUCGGUUCUUGGUAG